UUCUUAUACGUAUGAACAACAUUUAGCCGAUAUAGCAAUUUGGGAAUAAAUAUAUACAUAUUCCGUAAAAACAUACGAUGUAUUUGUUCAAUUAGUGUUACUUAUUCUCCGUAAGGAAAUCAACAAAAAUUGAUCCAAUCCAGCGGGAAAACGUUGGAUGCAGAAUUUGUUAAGGUGGAAUAGUCGUGUCUUCGCUGUGUUGGCGUCUGGAUCGCACCAACAGGCAGUAACUAAAGCAAUAUUAGGAAAAUUAGUUGUAACGCUUGCAUUUACAUAGUAUAUACUAAUACAAAAAUGCGUCGUCGAAAUUUAAAAUGGCUUAUAAAAGCCACUUUACUCUUGAUUUUAUCAUUAGUUUUAUUCCUUUUGCUAUCAAGUUGGAUAUCCUCAAGCCCAUAUAGAAAUAAAUUACCAAUUUUGACGCCAGAACGUUCCGAAAAUUUGCGUGCGCAUAAAAAAAUAUCUGAAAAUUAUGUGGACCAUGGCGCAGAGCGUGAAGUUGAAGCACCAAAACUGCCACACUCCGAUAAUGAAGUGGGUGGUGAAAAACGACAGUUGUUGAUGCCAGAUGAUCUCAAAAAAGAUUGGCAUGAUACCGUGGCUAUGGAACGCGAUGAGAAACGCGUUGGACUCGGCGAAAGAGGUGUUAGAGCGGCGCUAAAUGAUGAAUCGCAAAAGGAUUUGGAACAAAAAAUGUCUUUAGAAAAUGGUUUCAAUGCUUUACUCUCGGACUCAAUAUCUGUUAAUCGUUCAUUGCCUGAUAUACGUUAUGAAGGUUGCAAAACUAAGAAAUAUCUUGCUAAAUUACCAUCAGUGAGCAUCAUAAUUCCAUUCUACAACGAGCAUUUGGGUGUACUUAUGCGUUCGGUGCAUAGCCUUGUGAAUCGUUCGCCGCCAGAGUUGCUAAAGGAAAUCAUUUUAGUUGACGAUUCCAGUGAUCGCGAGUACUUAUUCGAACAACUCGAACAAUAUGUGGCCGGCAAUUUUCCUAAAGUGCAAAUUGUACGUUUGAAAAAACGCACUGGACUGAUUGGUGCGCGAAUGGCGGGGGCGCGUCAUGCUACUGCGGAAGUACUUAUAUUUUUGGAUUCACACAUUGAAGCGAACUACAAUUGGUUGCCACCGUUGCUGGAGCCAAUCGCAGAAAACAAGCGUAUUUCGGUUUGUCCCUUCAUCGACGUAAUUGAUCACAGUAAUUUUGAGUAUAGAGCUCAAGAUGAAGGUGCACGUGGCGCCUUCGAUUGGGAGUUUUAUUACAAGCGUUUACCACUGCUACCGGAAGAUUUGGUGGAUAAAACUAAACCAUUUAAAAGUCCUGUUAUGGCUGGUGGACUCUUUGCUAUAUCGAGUGAAUUCUUUUGGGAAUUAGGUGGUUACGAUGAGGGUCUCGAUAUCUGGGGUGGUGAGCAAUAUGAGUUGAGUUUUAAGAUUUGGAUGUGUGGUGGUGAACUUUUGGAUGCACCAUGCUCACGUGUUGGACAUAUCUACCGCGGACCACGUACUACACAACCCAGUCCACGAAAAAGUGAUUAUUUGCACAGGAACUACAAACGUGUCGCUGAAGUGUGGAUGGACGAGUACAAGACAUAUUUGUAUGAUCACGGUCAAGGUGUAUAUGAAAAUAUUGAUGCGGGCGAUUUAAGCCAACAGAAAGCCAUACGGGAAAAACUCAAAUGUAAAUCCUUCAAAUGGUUCAUGGAGCAGGUAGCAUUUGAUCUGACGAAAAAAUAUCCACCUAUUGAGCCACCCGAUUAUGCAUUUGGCGCUAUACAAAGCGCGGCGGAACCAACGCUAUGCGUAGAUACAAUGGGUAAACCCCGUCAUUCCAAAAUCGGUCUCUAUCCGUGUGCACCGAAUCUAAAGAAACCGCAAAGAAAUCAAAAUUGGGCUUUAAGCUGGCACAAAGAUUUGCGUUUACGCUUCAAAACCGACUGCUUAGAUGUGCAACAACAGCCACCGGAUGCGCCCGUAUGGCUGUGGGAUUGUCAUGGGAUGGGUGGAAAUCAAUUUUGGUAUUAUGAUCGUAUUGAAAAAUGGCUUAUUGCGGGCAAGGAUAGUGAACGUUGUCUGCAGGCGGUACCGAGUCAACAUUCCUUAUACAUUAAUCGCUGCGAUCCAGACAAUCCAUAUAUGAAAUGGAAUUUCGGUAACGUGAAUACCACAGCGUUGGACUUGUUUUUCUCACAACCACCAACCAAUUUAUAGUCAGCAGCCAACCCUUAACUUGCCAUUUUUGGAUCUUAACUAGUUAUACAUAAAUCAUAUUUAGAAAUGGAAUUAGAAAAUAAUUUGUUUGUAAAACAGUCAUAAUUUAAGUGAACAGUGCGCAAACGAGUGCUUAAAGUUUUGUUUUUAAGUCCGCGCACAAAUUGUACUUUUUAUACAAUUUUUGACAUUGUACCAUUAAAUGGACGGCGUGAUUUACAAGACAUUGUCUAAAAUAUUUCCAUUACAACAUAAUUUUUAUAAAUCUUAAAAUAAGUUGCCCUUGCCAAUACUACCUAGUAAAAAAAUGUAAAAUACACAUAAAAAAGUAUUAGUUUAUAUACGUAUAAUAUUAGUUAGCUUGGAAAAGUUGAAACAUUUUUGAAACCAUAUCCAGCAUGCAUGCACUAGAAAAUAAAUUUGAAAACAAAAAAGAAUGCGUUCAUCUUUUUUAAAGCGUGACAAUAUAAUAACACUUAUACCGUUACUUUCAUAGCUAUAGUAUCUUCUGUGUUUUUGUAAAUAAGUAUAUUUGUAAAAUAAGCCUUGGAAUAAUGUUUGAACUUUAUUACAUGCAUAUACAAGUACAUACAUACAUAUAUAUAUCAAUUGAUAAUGAAAAACAACAAAUCACUUAGAAUAAACAAAAUGGUUCAUCAUUCCGGAAAA